AUGACGCUCAAUAAGAAAUCACAGAGAAAAAUUAAUUUAUGGCCACCAGCUAAUUAUGUCUACAGAAUCAGGACGAACAUACAACGUUUUACACUCGAUAUCCCAGUUGGAAGUUUUCAAGAUAAUUUUCAGCUUUCAACUCUUCUUAUAAACGAUUGUGGAUGUUUUGGGAAACUUUGA